GUUAUUCUAAGACAGCUAUCAACUAAAUAUGAUUGAUUAGGAAUUUAUAUUUCCUCAUUUUGAAUUAUAAAUUGUACUCUCAUUGUCAUGGCUCUCUCCUAUCAUCUCUUCCAUUCACAACAUCAAAUUUCUCUUUUAUUCUCAUGAUUUGAGUAAAGGUAAACAGCUCUUAGAUCGAUUGCCAUGAUACAUGACAUUCUGCAAGCAUCUCCUUCUACUCUCACUACAAGAAAUAUUGUUUGUCGCCGCUAAUAGCCGGUGCGCAGCUAAAGAAAUUGAUAAAUAUCAGUUAAUCAAGCGGAUUUGAUCUAGGAUACAAGUGUUCCUGAUUGAUUUAAGUGAUCAAUCUAUUGAUUAUUUUCACCCUUGUCGAUUUAUAUCAAAUGAGUAGCGAAAUCCGGCAGAAGACUGAAUUGGAGGAGAGAGAAGACGAGAGGCUGAGGAAGGCAGCGGUGGAGGAGGAUGAAGUGGAAGUGGAGGAUGUCAGUGAUCAUGGGAUGUUGGGAAAACGACGUCGGAGUGUGUUCAAACUAUUGGCAUGGGACAUAGGGUUCGACUCGAGUACGCACAGGGGUUUCAACAGAGAAAAAGAUGGCAUCCCUCAAGGUUUCUACAUCCAUCCACGAGACAGAUGGUAUCGGGCAUGGGAGAAAUUCAUAUUGUUAUGGGCAGUGUACUCUUCUUUCUUCACACCAAUGGAAUUUGGGUUCUUUAGGGGAUUGCCUAAUCAUCUCUAUUUCUUAGACAUAUUUGGUCAGGUGGCUUUCUUUGUAGACGUUUUCCUCCAGUUUUUUGUUGCUUUCAGAGACAGCCAGACCUACAAGAUGGUCUCUAACCGAGACCUCAUUGCUAUUCGGUACUUGAAAUCUCAUUUCAUCUUUGAUUUACUUGCAUGUAUGCCAUGGGAUAAUAUUUAUAGGGCAACUGGAAGAAAAGAAGAAGUGAGAUGCCUUAUACUCAUUAGGUUGGUGAGGGCGCGAAAGGUUCUAGAGUUUUUCUCCAAAUUGGAAAAGGACAUACGUGUCAAGUAUCUGUUUUCAAGGAUUCUAAAGCUAAUUGUUGUUGAGCUCUACUGCACACAUACGGCAGCAUGCAUAUUCUACUAUUUGGCUACAACACUUCCAGCUGCUGAAGAAGGAUACACAUGGAUUGGGAGCCUAACACUUGGUGAUUAUAGCUACACAAACUUCAGAGACAUCGAUCUUUGGAAGCGCUAUAUAACAUCUUUAUAUUUUUCAAUUGUUACUAUGGCAACAGUUGGUUAUGGUGAUAUCCAUCCAGUGAAUUUAAGAGAGAUGAUAUUCGUAAUGUUUUAUGUCUCAUUUGACAUGGUUCUUGGUGCUUAUUUGAUCGGUAACAUUACAGCUUUAAUCGUCAAAGGAUCAAAGACAGAAAGAUAUAGAGAUAGAAUGAAAGAUCUCGUUAAGUAUAUUGAUAGAAACGGAUUAGGGAGAGACAUAUCCAAUGAAAUCAAAAAUCACCUGCGGUUACAGUAUGAUAGCAACUAUGAGGAUUCUUCUAUUAUUCAAAACCUUCCAAGCUCUAUCCGUGCUAAGAUAUCAGAAACUCUAUAUAAGUCGUACAUUGAAAAGGUUUCUCUUUUUAGGGGAUGCUCUUUGGAAUUCAUCAAUCAUAUUGUAACUAGAGUGCAAGAAGAAUUUUUUCUUCCAGGGGAAGUCAUAAUGGAACAUGGGAUUGUUGCUGAUCAACUUUAUUUCGUUUGUCAUGGCAAUCUGGAAGAGGUAGUUAUAUGUGAAGAUGGAUCUGAAGAAAUAGUAUCAGUUCUGAAACCACAUGACUCUUUUGGAGAUGUUUCCAUUCUAUGCAACGUUUCCCAGUCAUACACAGUGCGAGUUCGUGACCUAAGUCGACUUUUGCGGAUUGAUAAACAAUCUUUCUCUAAUAUCCUUGAUAUAUAUUUUCAUGAUGCACAAAAGAUUCUGAACAACCUACGAGAGGGAAAAGAAAGUGAUGCUCAAAUGAAGCAUUUGGUGAAAGAUAUCACAGCUCAUAUUCGAAUGCAAGAAGCAGAACUUGCACUCAAGGUCAAUAAUUCAGCUUAUAAUGGAGAUUUAUCUCAGCUAAAAAGUUUAAUUCGAGCUGGAGCUGACCCAAACAAGAAAGAUUAUGAUGGGAGGUCACCACUGCAUCUUGCUGCAUCAAAAGGGCAUGAAAAUAUCACUAAUUUCCUCAUUCAACAAGAAGUGGAAGUUAACAUUUCGGAUAAUUACGGAAACACGCCCUUAUUAGAAGCCAUCAAGAGGGGACAUGAUAAGAUUGUAUCCUUACUAAUCAAUCAUGGGGCCUCAUUGAAGAUAGAUGAUGCUGGUAGUUUCUUGUGUUUAUCUGUGGCAAGAGGGGACAUUGAUUUGAUCAGACGGAUGUUGUCAAAUGGUAUUGACCCAAACUCAAAAGACUAUGACUUUAGAACUCCACUUCAUGUAGCCACAUCACAAGGAUCUUAUAUAAUAGCAAAGUUGCUAGUCGAAUCAGGGGCCAAUGUUCUAUCGAAGGACAGAUGGGGUAACACUCCACUUGAUGAAGCUAGAUUAACUGGAAACAAGGUAUUGAUGAAAUUAUUAAAAGAAGCCAAAUCUUUUCGGUUGUCAGAAUUCCCUUCAAGCUCUCAGGAACCAACAGAUAAAACUACACAAAAGAAAUGUACAAUAUACCCAUUUAAGCCAUGGGAACCCCAGGAUCAAAACAAGUAUGGAGUUGUAGUAUGGGUUCCAGACACCAUUGAUGAACUCAUGAAAACAGCAGCAGAUCAUUUGAAGUUGGACCUUCAUCCCACAUCUUGUAUCAUAACAGAAGAUGUAGGUAAAAUUUUUGAUGUGAACAUGAUUACAGAUGGACAGAAGUUGUACUUAGUCACUAUUGAAGCGUGACUUUGUAUUGUUUUCUCUAUGCUAUGUUGCAAAUUUUGCCAUUCUUGCAAUACAAAUAAAAUCAGGGAGUGUUUGUGAGAUCACUAGGUGAGAUAAGCCUUGUAUAUCUUUUUUUCAUGGUUCUCCAUUUCUAUUUUAUGGUUACCAUGGGUAUAAAUUGUGUACAAUGGG